AUGUUCAUUUGGAUUUUUCUUUUGGCCACCCCAAUUGUGGGUCGUAUGCAUUUUGCCGGGAGGAUUCGAUGCGCUAAUUCUGGGUCUUUGAAAGGGCACAAAAAGAUUGUAAGUUCUUUCCUUUUUUGUGGGGACUUUUUUCAGGGCGUCGAAAUCAUCACCGGAAUGGACAACGUUUGCGCAAAAUUUAUUCUCAACGAAACUGGAGAGUUCGAUCUCCAUUGUGACGAAGGAUGGUGGCCAAAAUGGACGUUCACUCCGGAGUAUGAAAUGUAAUUUUGAAAAAUUUGAGGUGAUCCAACCAAACCCUUUUUCCAGUUUUCACUCCUGUGAUGGGCAUUGUCGUGUAUUUAAGAUCGAAUCCGACAACAAUUACCUAUAUUUGCCACUCUCCAAUCAAGGAGAUCGUCGCGAGACUUAUCUCUGUCCAAAUCAGGUCUAUUAG